CUUUCCUUCCACUCUCCUACAGGAUAGGCGCCAAACACUGGUGGACGAGACACUAGACCUAUGGAUAGGUGAAGGUCUCAGAGACCACCUAGACGCUAUAACCCUAACACCGCCCAGGUGGCGGGGCCCCCAGGACUUGUCCCCACCCUGGACCCACUGCGCCCCCUCCCAAACCUUUGGACCAAAAGCCCGACCGACUGACCGACAGACACCAAACAUGACACUCACACCAGCCAACCUCACAAUUAUUUCCAUUAAUGUAAGAGGGCUGAACAAACCCAAAAGAAGAUCUACCGCCCUUAAAGAAUUUCACUCCGCCAGGGCAUCCAUAGUCUACAUACAAGAAACACACACUUUAGAGAAGGGGCCCGACCCAAGAUACACGACCACUG